GCUGCUGCUGCUGCUUGGCCACCGCGCGCAUCGUCGUGUGCGAAUAUAAUACAUAAGAGGCCGCGAAACAGCUCUCGGUACGAGGCAGCAGGCGUAUAGUAGUACAUAUAUCACAGCGAGCGUAAUCGUCGCGUCUCGAGGCUGCGAGACAGACACACGAAAUUUUUUCGCGAAAAAAAUACAAUCAAUCGAGGUAGAUAGAUAAUCAUGGCGAGUUCCCGGCUCUGCGGCGCGCUCACGCGUUUUUCACGCAACAAUGCCAGCUUCGUCGCCCGAGCAGCUCUCCAUCAGCCAUUACGUACUCUGGCUACAGAAUCGAAGAAUAAACAUUUUUCAUACAAAGUUGUUGAAGAUGUAGCUGUUAUUACUUUGGACUCCCCAGGAGUCAAGAUGAACACAUUAAAUACUGAAGUAAUGCAAGAAAUCGAUACUAUUUUAACAAGCAUUCAUAGCAAUCCUUCUGUUAGAUCUGCAGUUUUAAUCAGUGGAAAAAAGAAUUGUUUCAUUGCCGGUGCAGAUAUUUCUAUGCUGCAAAGCUGCAAAGAUGAACAAAGUGUGUACAAAAUAUCCAAAGAAGGACAAGAAAUUUUGAACAAAAUCGAAGCAAGUCCAAAACCCAUUGUAGCAGCCAUACAAGGAAGUUGCUUAGGAGGCGGUCUUGAAGUUGCAUUGGCCUGUCAUUACAGGAUUGCUGUUAAAGAUGACAAGACUGGAUUAGGUCUUCCAGAAGUUAUGCUUGGCCUUCUACCUGGUGCUGGAGGAACUCAAAGAUUACCAAAAUUGAUUGCUCUACCUAACGCACUAGAUAUGCCCUUAACUGGUAGAACUGUCAAAGCUGAUAAAGCUAAGAAAUUCGGUUUGGUUGACCUUUUAGUUAACCGACUUGGACCAGGAUUGGCAUCAGCAGAUGAAAAUACUCAGCAAUAUUUGGAAUCAACAGCUAUAAAAGUUGCAAAAGACAUUGCCAAUGGAAAAGUGAAAAUUGAUAGAAGUCCAAAAUCUGUUGUAGAGAAAGUGACCAAUUAUGCAUUGUCUAUUGAGUUUGUUAAAGAUCAAAUAUUCAAAAAAGCUAAGGCCCAAGUUAUGAAACAAACUAAUGGCUUAUAUCCAGCUCCAUUGAAGAUUCUUGAAGUUAUUCGAACAGGAUUGGAUAAAGGUCGCACAGUUGGAAUGGAGGCAGAAGCUAAGGCUUUCAGUGAAUUGGCUAUGACUCCUCAAAGUAAAGGUCUUAUCAGUUUAUUCUUUGGGCAAACUCAAUGUAAAAAGAAUCGAUUUGGUGAUCCAAAAACACCAGCUAAGACUGUCGCAGUUGUGGGUGCUGGUCUCAUGGGUGCUGGAAUUGCUCAUGUCAGUGUUGAUAAGGGCUACAAUGUCAUACUCAAAGACACCAAUAGUGCUGGCUUAAAUAGAGGUGUUGCUCAAAUACAAACUGGAUUGAACAAUGCUGUUAAGAGAAAACGUAUCAGUGGUUUACAAAAAGGAAAAUUUAUGGCAAAUCUAACUCCAACUUUGGCGUAUGAUCAAUUUAAAAAUGCUGAUCUUGUCAUUGAAGCAGUAUUUGAGGAUAUUGGAAUUAAACACAAAGUCAUUAAAGAAAUUGAAGCGAGUACUCCAGAACAUUGCAUAGUAGCCACCAACACCUCUGCUAUUCCCAUCACAAAGAUUGCAGCUGGUGUGGGCAGACCAGAUAAACUGAUUGGAAUGCAUUACUUCUCUCCUGUUGACAAAAUGCAGUUACUGGAAAUUAUUACCCACAAGGGAACUUCUGAGGAAACAAUUAAAUCAGCUGUAGAUGUCGGUUUAAAACAAGGAAAGGUUGUCAUUACCGUAGGUGAUGGACCAGGAUUUUACACGACAAGAAUUUUAUCUGCCAUGAUAACCGAAGGUGUGAGGUUGAUGCAGGAAGGAGUAGAUCCCUACGAUUUAGAUAAACUGACGAAAGAUUUUGGAUUCCCUGUUGGCGCUGCUACAUUGUCCGAUGAAGUUGGUAUCGACGUUGGUUCACACAUUAGCGUUGAUCUGGUUAAAGCUCUCGGUGACCGUUUCAAAGGCGGCGAUCCUAACAUCUUAGUUGAUAUGGUGAAAGCUGGUUUCCUGGGUCGUAAAUCAGGCAAAGGUAUUUUCGUAUACGAAACUGGCUCAAAACACAGAGAUAUGAACCCAGGUGCCCUUGAUAUUAUUAAGAAGUACAGUCUUCAACCUCUUGGCAGUACUUCUGACGAAGACAGACAAUUGAGAAUGGUAUCUCGAUUUGUCAAUGAAGCCGUUUUAUGUUUACAAGAAAAAAUACUUGCCAAUCCUUUGGAAGGUGAUAUUGGUGCAGUAUUCGGACUUGGAUUCCCACCAUUUACUGGAGGACCUUUCCGCUGGGUCGAUUACUACGGAGCUCAUAAAUUAGUUCGCAAAAUGGAAGAGUUCAUGAACUCUUAUGGUGAACCAUUCAAGCCAUGCGACUUACUUUAUGACAUGGCAAAGGAUCCACAGAAAAAAUUCCAUCCUCAAUAAAAAGGAUGUAAAUCAUGUAUUGCUUAAAGAUUUUUAUAUAACUUUUAAUGAAGUGCUGCAAAAGUGAUGUGUGAUUUGGGAGUAGUUAUAGAUUAUGUAUGAAAAUUGUCUAAUAAUUGUUACUGCAUUUUCUAGUGCAUUUUUAUACUUUUUCAGAGUCAUAACUUACAUAUUUUUUGACUGUCCUUGUUGAACGUGUGGUAAGCUUUUAUCAUAAGUAUAUAUAUUUUUACAUAAGCCUAUUUAUAAAAUAAAUGAUUUUUCCUCAAGUAA